UUUUUCCUUAAAAAAAAAAAAAAUAGUGCCAUUCUAAAACCCUGAAAGCCCUAAUUCAUGGCAAUUUAUCAAAGGGUUUAAGCAUAUCUUCACAUGUCCUGAUUCAUGGCGAUUUCAGGUCUAAGCGGCUUCGCUGGCAGACCUCAAUUCUGUCUUCGUCCUCGUCUCUUUGACUGCAUUCUUAAUGCUCGAUACGCCGCCGUUGCAGCAAUCGAGAUGCUUGAUGAACCAGAACAUGUCAUUGAUGUUAGGAGACGCAGUUCAGGAAGAGAAGGAAAAGGUAAGGGACCAGAUUGGAAGAAGUUGAACUCCAAGGACCUUGGAAUUAGUACUUCCAUGAUAGCAAGGCCUACGAGAAACGUUCUUAAUGUGCUCAAGCAAAGAGGACAUGAGGUAUACCUUGUGGGUGGUUGUGUCCGCGAUCUCAUUUUGAAGCGAAUACCAAAGGAUUUCGAUAUAAUAACAUCAGCUGAACUUAAAGAAGUAUUGAGAGCAUUUUCUCGGUGUGAAAUAAUUGGCAAACGGUUCCCUAUAUGUCAUGUACAUAUUCAGGACACAGUUGUGGAGGUUUCAAGUUUUAGCACCACUGCACGAAAGUUUGGUGGGAACUUCAGCUAUGAUGUUCAAAGUCCCAUUGGAUGUGAUGAAAAGGAUUAUGUACGUUGGAGAAAUUGUUUGCAGAGGGAUUUCACCAUUAAUGGGUUCAUGUUUGAUCCUUAUGGGAAAAUUGUGUAUGAUUACAUGGGAGGUCUAGAAGAUAUUAGAAAGGCUAAAGUACGAACUGUGAUCCCAGCAAGUAAUUCUUUUCAAGAGGACUGUGCUCGCAUUCUGCGAGCAGUAAGAAUUGCUGCCCGUUUAGGAUUUCGCUUUUCAAGAGAAACAGCUCAUUUUGUUAAGAUUUUUGCUAGCUCAAUUUUGAGACUUGAUAAGGGAAGGCUUCUGAUGGAAAUGAAUUACAUGCUAGCAUAUGGUGCUGCAGAAGCUUCUUUGAGGUUAUUAUGGAAAUUUGGGCUUCUUGAAAUACUUCUGCCCAUUCAGGCAGCAUAUUUUGUUCGCCAUGGUUUUCGGAGACGUGACAAGAGAACCAAUAUGCUUUUGUCUCUGUUUUCCAACAUGGAUAAACUUCUUGCACCUGAUAAGCCAUGCAACAGCAGCUUAUGGGUUGCGAUCUUAGCAUUCCAUAAAGCAUUAUCUGACCAACCAAGGGAUCCUUUGGUGGUUGCGGUAUUUUGUCUUGCUGUCUAUAAUGGCGGAGAUAUAUCAGAAGCGGUAAACAUUGCAAGGAGCAUCACCAAGCCACAUGAUGUCACCUUUUAUGAAUUAUCAGAACCUGGAGUUUUGGAUUCAAAAGCAUUGAUCAAUGAGGUUAUGGAUCUUGCAGCAUUUAUUAAACGCGUGUUAAAUAUGAUGACUGAUGAAUAUUAUGUCUCUCAAGCAAUGGCAGAGUAUCCUAAAGCCCCGCGUUCAGAUCUAGUAUUCAUUUCAUUACCCUUGUAUUUAAAAGCGUGCAGGAUUUUCGACUGUGUAAUACAGGGUAGAGAGAAGGGAUUCGUCCCUAAACAAGGUAGGAAGAUAAAUUAUGAAUUAUUAGCCUUAGGAAGCUUGCGUGAGAUUAGGCAUACUUUUGCAAGGAUCGUCUUUGAUACUGUGUACCCUCCCACUUUAACAUAAACCAAUUCUUUGUACUCUGGCUCGACAAUAUUCGUGUUAAGAGAAUUAUUUAAAAAAGAUUAAGAAUAAUUGGAAAAACAUCACUUUUUGUUUUUCCAAUCCCUAGUUUUGUCUGCGACUCUUUGUUUCUUUUUCCUUCUUAGUGGGUAGUGUGAAUUAAAAAAAGGGCUUUAUUCCCUUAUACUGUAUGAAUUCAAAAUUUUUGUAGCGAUAAUAGAAGGACAAAGCUUUCGAACUA